AUUAAAAUGAUGAGUUUUGUGUUAGUAGCGGUGCUGUGUGUGGGAGCGCUGGAGUCUCAAACACUUCAGUUGAGCAGAACGGAGGUACCCGAUGCCCUCUCGCUCUCGCCCGCCAAGUUAACACACAGCGUUGGUGAAACGCCUGUAGCCGGUGAUUCGCGGCGGAGGGUGGCACGCGGCUCUAAAGACGCUAAACCGAAACAGAGAGUGGAGCAGCACCAGGAACGACACCCGCGACCCUUCGACCCGGAGGGUUAUUUCACCACGCCCAGGGUGUUUAACGGGUCACUGCUGUUGCACAACCCGCUGUACCCGGUGACGGGGGAGUCGUACGGUGCGUACGCGGUGAUGCUGCUGGCGCUGAUCGUGUUUGCCGUAGGCGCGGUGGCUAACCUGGCCGUCUCCUGCUCUGUGUGGCACAACCACUUCCUGCAGAACACGAGGAACUGCGUCCUGGCCAGCCUGGCGCUCUGGGACCUGGCGGUGAUUUUCUUCUGCCUGCCGGUGGUCGCCUUCCACGAGCUGACCAAGAGACGCCUACUGGGAGACGCGUCCUGCCGCCUCGUCCCCUUCAUCGAGGUCAUGUCUCUGGGCGUGAACACCUUCAGUCUGUGUGCUCUGAGCGUCCAUCGUUUCCAGACCUUGACCAGCUCCUCGUCCUCCAGGGUUCCCGAGUCCUUCGGCUCCAUCCUGUCCAAGCUGUCGGUGAUCUGGUUGGGUUCGCUGCUCCUCUCGGUUCCUGAGCUCACGAUCUGGCAUCUGGAGACGGAGGUGUCCCGCUCCUCUCGCCUCCCCGUGGACCGGUGCGUGCACCUCCCCCCAGCCGCGCCCUACCGCUCCGAGUGGCUGUUCUCCCUGGUGGUGACGUACCAUCAGUCCCGCAUGUGGUGGAUCUUCGGCUGUUUCUUCUGCCUCCCUCUGCUCUUCUCCUUCUCCUGUCAGCUCCUCACCAGCCAGAUGUCAGAGAGCCACGCCCAUUCCUCCUCUGCAUGUUCCUCCUCGCCGUCCUCCUCCUCGUCUCAGAAGCUGGUCAUGAUGAUGACCAUCGUUUAUGGGAUCUUCUGCCUGCCCGAGCAUGCCUGGAACAUCGGCCUCACCUACGCCGGGGUCCAGGUGGACGGGGCCACGCUGACCACGCUGGCUCUGGUGGGUCAGUUCCUGCUGUUCGGCAGGGCGUCGGCCACGCCCGUUCUGAUUUUGAGCUUGUGUCAUACGCUGGGCCAGAGCUUCAUGGACUGUUGCUGCUGCUGCUGUGAGGAGUGUCUCCCUAAAAGACCUUCAUCACCGGCGUCCUCGUCAUCUUCAUCAUCCUCAGCAUCAUCAUCCUCGGUUUCUGAGAGGAAGAAGAAGCUGCGAGCUGAACUGGAUCAGAAGCUGAAGGAGAACUCAGCAGAGCUGGCUAUAGGAACACCAUGCUGAGAACCUCACACGUCUGAGAUCAUCACAGAACAGACUCCAGAUAAAUAAACUGUGUGAUCAAAAGUAUGUGGACAUCUCGACCAUGAGAAUCUUACUGAACAUCUUCUACCAUUCCACCAGCAACAUUAUGGAACCAUGGCUCUAUCAUUUAUUAUUAAGUCUGUCUGUGAGAAUUUGUGCCCAUUCUUCACAUUAAACUAUUUUUAGAUCUCAAACUUAUUUUAUACACCUGUUAGCAGUGGGCGUGACUUAAGCACUUUCAAUAACUAUAAUAACACAAUAAGUAGACAGGGUGUCCACAUACUUUUGACCAUAUAUCUUAGAUAAUAGAAGUACUGAAUGAAAUCCAGACAGCAGGUCUGAAACUCCUCCAGUUCUGUAAAUAAUCUGAGCGGCUCCACUGGGGGUCUCGUCACUAAAUCACUAAAGUCUGAUUACUGUGAUGGACAGAUGAUCUCACCACAUGAUCUAAUCUGAUCUGAUCUGGUUUUGUGGAAGCCGUUUUGGUCCGUGGUGAACCGUAGAAAUGUGAGAGCAAGGCAUGCUGGGUACGAGCCCUGGAAGGUCUGAGCCGUCACCUUUUGCGCCACUUUUAUUCCCCUCGAUGCUGUAGAUCCGCUCAUCAGGUUCGGUACAACAUAACGGCGUCCACACCUCAUGUAGAGCGCUGGUUUUUAAAUAUUCACGCUGGACAUACAGAUGCGUAGAUUAGCUAGCAUGCUAACGAUGUAUACAAGUGAAGCUUGUGUGACUGUGGACAGCAGCAGCCAUGUUUCAGUGGAUUCUGACUCCUGUUCUAUGCACAUGUGUGUUAACUUUGUCGGGCCCCUGAUCAAGGCCCCUGAACCCUGUGGAUGUAGUGAGGGUGUGUGUGAAGUUUGAAGGUGUAACAUGUAGUGGCGCUAUAGAGCCUCAGUAAAACUUGAAGCGUUACUUUGAUCUUGUUGUAUUUGAAUAAAAGAUGAAAGAGC